AUGUUGAGUGCUGAUACUUUAGCUGAUUUCUCUCAUUAUAAUACAUAUGCGUCAGCAGCGGCAAGUCUUCGCCCAAUCAUUGAUGGUCAUUCAACUGCUGCCGCUUUAGCAGCUGUAAAUAAUGCCAUAAAUGGUGGGGGAAAUGAUCAGUCUAGUCACCUAAAACGACCUAAACAAGAACCAAGAUUGGGACAAACAAGCGGAAAUAUUUUUCUGUCAGCUGGGAAUAAUUGUUCAUCUUCCUCAACACUUUAUUCCUCAGCUCCAGCGCGUCGCCGACAUAGAACAACAUUCACAGCUGAACAACUUAAUGAACUAGAUAAUACUUUCAACAAUAUUGGCCAUUAUCCAGAUAUUUAUCAGCGAGAAGAGUUGGCACGUUCCACUAAACUUAAUGAAGCUCGUAUUCAGGUAAAUAAAUUUAAAAUUUGUGUAGCACCUCAUUCAAAAUAACAGAAUAUUUAAAAAAUAUUAAAAUAUCCAGACUAACAAUUACGCAAUAUAUAUUACUGGAAUUAGUUACAAAUUUCCUUUUCCUUUUUUCAAUUCUUUUUGUUUUCCGGGUCAUUGCUUGGGCAAGUUUUUACAUAUCUAGAAUAGUUUCUUAUUAUAACUCCCU